AUGAAAAUAAUAGGGCUUAAGGGCUUAGAAGAUGGAAGAGUUACAAAUCUCUAUUUUCUGAAAUUUGAAUUCAUGGAGAAAGUUUGCUUUGUCUUCAAUCUCGUUGGGAUAAUUUUGGCAGCAAUCUAGUAUGAAUUGGAAUUUGAAGAAUACGACUCUGAUGAUCCAUUUAGAGAUAUAUCGUAAUGGCUGCUAUGGAUGAUAGCUGGUUCAUCACUUCUCUUGAUAUACUUUACAUUUUAUCGUUAUUAGACCAAAAUAAAAUGGUUAAAGUCUAGAGGAGUGAUUGGCCCAAGAGAAAAAUUCUAUGAAAUCGAUGAGAAUUUCUACAUGAUAAUUGAGAUUGGAGUAUACUGUCUAAUACCUUUAUCAAUAACAGAGACCGUGAGGAUUUCUUUUUACAAUGUGGCUCAGGGAGCAGAAGCCUAUUAUCAUAUCAAUGAAAUGCUUACACUAUUAAUGGUCGUUAGAGCAAUCUAUCUCUAUAGGACAGUCUUGACGUUGACGUUUUGGUCCAGCAAUAGAACAUUAAGAGUUUGCGAUCUCUAUUCUUGCGAGCAUAACUAUUUGUUUGUUGUAAAAUCUCUUUUAAAAACAUCUCCUUACCUUACUUAAUUUUUAAUGUUAUUAUCCCUUAUUUUUGUGUUUGGCUAUCAAUUAAGAAUUUGUGAAAGACCAUUAACAAGAUUUAAUGAAAAUAUUGAUAAUUUGGGAGUAUAUUAUAAUAGUGUUUGGUGUAUUAUUAUAACAAUAACAUUUGUUGGUUAUGGUGAUUACUAUCCUAGGACAGAUUUAGGCAGAUUUGUUGUUAUAAUAGUUUGUAUUGUUGGAGUAUUUUUAAUGUCUGUCAUGAUUGUGGCUUUUAUUGAAUCACUCAAAGCAACACCCAUUGAGAGUUAGACCAUGUCCCUUUUGGAAAGAAUACGUUUGCGUGAAAUAGUCAAAAACUAAGCUGCCCAAGUGAUUAAAUUAAGUAUGUAACAAGCAUUUAGAUGGAGGAAUGGUACUUUGACAGAAAAAAAAUAACAUUAAAUAGAGAUAGAUUUAAGAUUAGCUUUGCAUAAUUUCAAGUUUGCAUUGCAACAAUAGAACAAAUUUGGAUUGGACGAUUAAAGUGCAAAUAUUAUAAAUCAUAUUGGAUUUUUGGGAUUGGAUCUAAAGUAAUUAAGAAAUGAAUAAAAUUGGGAUGUCAGAUUAGUGAUGGAAAAAUUAGAAAAAUAAGAGUAACUUUCAAAAUAAUUGAUGGAAAAGUUGAAUGUCGUUUUAUCAGAAAAGAAGUGA